UCUCCUGCCCUCCUUCCCCUUUCACCCCAUCCCCUGCCCCUGGACUCUGCAAACAUGAGGGGCUUGGCCUGCCUCCUUGCCUCCUUUGCAGCAAUGCUGGUGGGGAUCCAGGCUAUAGAGCGACUCCGCCUGGCUGAUGGUCCUCAUGGCUGCGCAGGACGCCUGGAGGUCUGGUACAGCGGGCGCUGGGGCACCGUGUGUGAUGACGGAUGGGACCUUCGGGAUGCUGCGGUGGCCUGCCGUGUGUUAGGCUGCGGAGGGGCGCUGGCCGCCCCUGGGGGUGCCUUCUUCGGGGAGGGCACUGGGCCCGUGUGGCUCAGUGAACUGAACUGUCGGGGCAAUGAGGGACAGCUGGGUAUCUGUCCCCACCGGGGCUGGAAGGCCCAUAUCUGCUCUCAUGAGGAGGAUGCAGGCGUCGUCUGUGUAGGUCAGCGUGCAGCUAACUCUAGAGAAGACUCAAUGUCCCUGCUGGAUGGGGAUCCAUGGCUGGCACUGUCUGGGGAGCUGAGCCCCAGCUCAGAGGAGCCGCCUAUAACUCACGCUCCCCAACCAGCAGCAAGCUCCCAGAAUGGCCCCCGGAAGAAGAACCCCCGGCCACCUAAGCAGACCAAGUCCACCCGAGCCCCUGUACUGACAAAUGGAGCUCCCCACCAAGAGCGGCUGCGGCUGGUCUCAGGUCCCCAUGGAUGUGCCGGCCGCCUGGAAGUCUGGCACGGUGGACGUUGGGGCACGGUCUGCGAUGAUGGAUGGGACCUCCGAGAUGCAGCAGUGGCCUGCAGGGAGCUGGGAUGUGGGGGAGCCCUGGCCGCCCCUGGGGGUGCCAGAUUCGGACCUGGUGAGGGACCUGUGUGGAUGGACGAUGUGGGGUGUGGAGGAGGAGAGGAGGCCCUCCGGGACUGUCCCCGAAGCCCCUGGGGCCGGAGCAACUGUGACCACACCGAGGAUGCAGGGCUGGUCUGCACCGGUCCUGCGCCCAGGCUACGCCUUGCUGAUGGUCCCCACGGCUGUGCCGGCCGCCUGGAGGUGUGGCAUGGUGGACGAUGGGGGUCGGUGUGUGAUGAUGCCUGGGAUCUUCGCGAUGCUGCUGUGGCCUGCAGGGAGCUGGGCUGUGGGGGUGCCCUGGCCGCCCCAGGGGGUGCCUUCUUUGGAGAGGGGGCUGGGCCCAUCAUCCUGGAUGAUCUCAGAUGUCGAGGAAAUGAGACAGCCUUGCGAUUCUGUCCUGCGAGGCCCUGGGGUCAGCACGACUGUCACCAUCGGGAGGAUGCUGGGGCCGUGUGUGAUGGGUCCCCCCAGUUGCGCCUGGUGGCUGGACCCAGCAGGUGCUCUGGCCGGCUGGAGGUAUGGCAUGACGGACGUUGGGGGACAGUAUGUGAUGACAGCUGGGACAUGAGAGACUCAGCUGUGGUCUGCCGGGAGCUGGGCUGUGGGGGGCCUCGGCAACCGGACCCCGCAGCAGGACGCUUUGGCUGGGGUGCAGGCCCCAUCUGGCUGGAUGACGUAGGUUGUGUGGGGACGGAGGCUUCACUGUCAGAAUGCCCUGCUGCUUCCUGGGGGAAACACAAUUGCGCCCACAAUGAGGAUGUCGGGGUUACCUGCACUGGGACCCCCGGCCUGGAUACCAUCUCAGACCCCUUCAGUUGGAGCUGGCUCCCUGGGCUGGGCAGGGAUCAGGACGCCUGGCUCCCGGGAGAGCUAACCACCAAAGCUUCUGCCGGUCUCACCUCCAGUGUGCCUCAGAAGCCCACAAAGGCUCCAGGGAAAGCACCCAAGAGUACCAAGAAAUGGGUGACUAAAAAUGCAAAGAGACCAACCACUCAGCCCCCUGGGAUGCCAACCACCAAACGUUCCAGGGUCCCAGGCACCCCAACCUCCCUCAAUCCAACCCCACGUACCCCUGAGUCACCAAGGAGACUGACCACCGAGGCUCCCCACAGGCAGUCCUCACAUACCACUGAAAGGCUGACCCCUAGGGUCCCCUGGGAGUGGACCUCAGAGCCUGUGGUGUCACUGUCCACUCAAGGACCCCAAAAAGUGACCUCUGAGGCUACCACAACGCCAACCCCUCAGACCUCCUUGGAGCCAUCUGGUGAGAACCCAGAAGGUUCUCUGGAAUCAUCCCAAGAUCCAGCUGCCACCCCAACUGCUGGAGUCCCCGUGCCAGCAGGUCCCUUCCGGGUUCGUCUGGCUGAUGGGCCCAACAGGUGUGCCGGCCGGCUAGAGGUGUGGCAUGCCGGACUCUGGGGAACAGUCUGUGAUGACAGCUGGGACCUCCGGGAUGCCACAGUGGCCUGCUGGGAGCUGGGUUGCGGAAAGGUCCGGCCCCGAGUAGGCAAAACCCACUAUGGCCCUGGCACCGGGCCCAUCUGGUUGGAUGACAUGGGCUGUAAGGGAAGUGAGACAUCACUGAGUGACUGCCCCUCGGGGGCGUGGGGGAAGCACAACUGUGACCACGAAGAAGACGUGGUGCUCACCUGUACUGGAUACACGGAUGAUGACGAUUAUCCUUCCUGGACCUUGGACCCCACUUCCGGAGAGGACCUGACCAAAGGGACCACAGUGGCUGCGCGGCCUGGACAUACACUUUCCUGGGCUACCGCUACAAACACUGGAGUCCACUCUCCAGCAACACAGAGCCUUCCAGACACAGAUGACGGGGGUGGUUACGAGUUCUCCUGGACGUGGGAUACACCUUCAGGAAGGGGUCUGUCCAAAGGGACCCCCACCACAACCAAGCCUGGAUCCACAGUUAUCACUAGCACCAGAAAGAGUCCAGGCCACCCCUUUCCAGCUCCAAGGGCCCGUGCAGACACAGGUUCCCCAAGGAAGGCAAAACCUGAGCGCCGGCCGCUGCCCACCUCAGCCAGGACAGCACCCACCACCUCACCCCCUGCUUCCUCCACUUCACCGGAGCCUUCUGGCUCACGGCAGACCUCUGGCUCCUGGCCACAACUCAUCCCAGACUCGGCUUCAAAGCAGGAGGGGACCUCUAGCCCCCCCAAACCAUCUCCACUCACCCCAGGACUUCCCUCCCCAGCGAGCUUUGCCUUGUCCACUCCUGAUGCCCGUUUGCUCCCAACGCCUUCCCCAGAGCUUUCAGUCAGCCCAACGCCCACCUCCCCUGAAGGGCUAACCUCUGACUCCUCUGUGCUCUCGGAAGUGAGCAGCCGUUCUCCUACCUCAGAGCUGACUCCAGGAUCUGACACAACACCAGCACCUGAAAUAACCCCAGAAAGUUCUGACUCCUCAGACCUCCCCAUGAACCCCAGGACCCCCACACAGCCAUUCACAGCCCCUCACCCUACCACCAUCCCUCAACUCAACACAACUUCCUACCCCACCAUGGCCCCUCAACUUACCACAAACCCUCAGCAACCCAGGAGCCCUCACCCCACCACAAGUCCUCAAUCCCCCACCAACACUCAGCCUUCUUCAACCCCUGCUGCCCCUACAGAGUCCCCUCCAUCCCCUGGAGAGACAGAAUUUUCCUCUCCCACUUCACAACCGAGGGUCAAGGCUAGCCUAACCCCAGAGCUGACCUUUGAGGAAGCCCCGUCCACAGACACAUCCCAGAUGCAGAACCUGGAACUCUUGCUAGCCUCGAAGUCUGGCCCCUCCAGGCCCUCUCCAGCCUCAAACAUGAACCCACUGUCCACAGAUGCCUUCAAACCACCCAGAAGCCAGACCUUAUACUCCGCUUCAGACCCCAUGGUGACCCCCGACCUUCCCAUCUCCUCUGUGGCCCAUCCAUCGGGCCAACCUUCCCCAGACCACCUCACUCAAGAGCCAACCCCUAAUCACAACCCAGGUCCCUUUGGACCAUGUGUGUCCCCAGUUCCACCUGUAAGGGUCAUGGCUUGUGAGCCGCCUGCCUUGGUGGAGCUGGUGGGUGCUGUGAGGCAGGUGGGUGACCAGCUGCAGAGACUGACCUGGGUCCUGGAGCAGGACCGGCAGGAGCGCCAAGUCCUGGCGCUGGGUCUAGCCCAGUUGGUAGAGGCUGCCCAGGGGUUGGGGCAGCUGAGUGAGACUGUAAAGAGGCUAGCAGAGGUGGCCUGGCCCCCCAGCACACCUGUGCCCACGACCAUCACCACAGAGGAGGAGGAGAGGCCUCUGAGGGGAGAUGUGUGACCCACUCUGAAAUUCA